AUGAAAAAGUUUGAAGAGGCGAAGAAAAACUCGGGGGGUGGAGGAAGCGGCAAGAAGACGACUUCGGGGGACGACAUUUACAUCAGCUCGCCUUCCUCCACCUCCAACGUCCUCCACGUCUCCCACUCUGACGGCACGUCCGUGUCUACAAUCGUGCGGCGGCUGGAGGAGCACCUGCACGAGACCGUGCCGCCACCGCUGCAGCACCGGAGCAGCACCAAUGGCGGUGGGCUGGCGCUCAAGGACUCGGCCUCACCGGUCGCGGUGCAGACGGACAUCCCGGUGCCGCCGCCUUCGCCCUCGACCAGCGGCAAGAAGGCCAACAAGCUCAUGGCCAAGCUGAGCAAGAAGUCUGCCGCGCCCGUCGAGUUCUUGAUGGCGCUGAAGAUCAUUCCGAUGCUCACAGCCGGGAAGAAUGUGGAGGACGUGAGCCGCGAGAUCAACGUCCUGCGCCGGUGUCGCCAUCCCAACAUCGUCUCCUACUACGGCUCCGCCACCACCGCCUCCGAACUCUGGAUUAUGAUGGAGUACUGCGUGCAUGGGUCGUUGGGGAGCAUCAUCGACACGUUCAAGGCGGUGGAGAAGCAGCUCACCGAGAAGCAGCUGGCGCACAUCCUGUACCAGGCCAUCACGGGCCUCGCCUACCUCCACAACGACCAAAUCAAAGUGAUUCACCGAGAUUUGAAGUGCGGCAACAUAUUGAUGGGCGAGGACGGGGUGGUCAAACUCGCCGACUUUGGCAUCUCCUUCCAGCAGACGGGGUCGCGGAGCAAGGCGGCAACGAUGAUCGGUACGCCGCUGUUCAUGUCGCCCGAGAUGCUGUCGGGCGAUCCCUACAACGCCAAGUCCGACAUCUGGUCGCUCGGCAUCACCGCCAUCGAAAUGGCCGACGGCGUCCCGCCCUACUUCAAGGACCACCAAAUGCGGGCGCUGUUCCGGAUCAUGCACGAGGACCCACCCACGCUGGCCGAGCCCCAGAAGUGGUCGCCCCAGUUCGUCUCCUUCAUCGACGCCUGCCUCAAGAAGGAGCCCACCGAGCGCCUCUCCGCCCUCGCCCUCCUCGAACACGAGUUUCUGCGCCAGGUCAAGCCCGAGGACACGAAGGCGGUCAUGAAGCAGCUGCUGGCCCAGUACGAGGAGGCCCGGCGCGAGGUGCGCCGCCGCAGGGCCGAAAAGAACGGCGGCGUCGGCGACCUCUGCCUCAACUUUGCCUGCGGCGGCGGCGGUGGGCUCACCACCCUCUCGACCCUCUCGACCGCCACAGAGACGCCGCCCGGCAGCGGCGCGGCGGCGUCGCGGGCCGGCGGCCGCAGCGGCCUCACCACGCUGGACUCGCCCGAGGAGGUGGUCAAGCUCCGCUCGUCGAACUCGGCGCCCACGCUCGGCCUCCACGUACGCAGCGACUCAGUGUCGGCGGAGCCGAGCCUGGGCCAGGCCCAGGGCGGCGGCCUGUCGACGACGUCCGAGGAAGACGAUGAUGACGUCGAGCGCGUCGAGCGACGACGAAAAGACGAAAGCGAAGAAAGAAACGAAAGCGAAGACCGGGCGGCCAGCAAGAAGGCCAGGCGGAAGAGCGGUAAGUCGGAGAAGAACAAGAACAGCAACAACAACAAAAAGAAGAGCCACAAGAAGCGCAACCACUCGCUCGACGCCCAGCCCAUCAUGACGGCCACCACAAGCACCGCGACCACCACCGCGACUGCAGCGACGGCAGGCGGCAACAAGGCCGACCGACGGAACACGCUGGUCCAGAUGCACGGCGGGCAGAGCUCGAUGGCCUUCUUCACGGGCCUGCGACAGGGCGCCCAGCAGCUGCUCUCCGGCGCCCCGCAGGCGCCGCCGCCGCCGUCGUCCGACGACAUCGCCGCCACCGAGCCGCGCACGAUUGAGGAGCACCUGCGCGGCGAAGGCGCCUUGGCGGCGGCCGGGACUGCGGCGGCGGCCGGGGCUGCGGCCGCUGGCGCCGAGGCUGGUGGCCAGGCGGGGCCGGCGGUGGCUGGGCCGCCGAAGACGAUGGCGGAGCUGGCGCGGGUGGUGGGCGCGGAGGGCCUGGACGAGUACCUGGCGAUGCCCCUCGUGCAGCUGAUCUACGAGCUCCACCAGCUGAAGCUGCUGCACACCGCGGCCCUGGACAACGACCAGCCGCGCGGGUCCAACGAGAGCGGAAGCGGAAAGACGAGAAAGUGA